AUGGCGGCGCCGUGCGCGGAGAUGGAGCCGGCGGCGCCUCCUCCGUCCCCCCCCGCUCCUCCCGCGGCCGCGCCGGGCUCGGCCGGGCUCGUGUGCGCGCAGGGCCGCAACCUGCGGGCCGUGCUGUGCCAGCGCUGCGGCUCCCGGGUGCUGCUGCCCGGCGCCGCCACCUUCGCCCGCCGUGAGCUCCUCCUGCCCGCCAUGAGGAAGAAGGCGGCGGCGGCGGCGGCGGCGGGCGGCGGCGGGGACGUGCUGCGGGAGCACUGGCUGGUGCGCGACAUGUUCUCCUUCGAGAACGUGGGAUUCACGCGCGACGUGGGCAACGUCAAGUUCCUGGUGUGCGCCGACUGCGAGGCGGGGCCCAUCGGCUGGCACUGCCUCGACGACAAGGACAGCUUCUACGUGGCGCUGGAGCGCGUGGCCCACGAGUGACGCCGGCCCCGCGCUGGGAGCCGGGCCCUGACCACGGCUGGUCACCGCAGAGCCUGGCUGGCCGCAGCUUGCCUGCUCCCCGCUGUGACUGACCCGCGGCCCGACCCGGCACCCCGCUUCCCAGAUCCACAGGCUGACCGGCGCCAGGAAUUGCAGCCCGGGCACUCCAGCCGGCUCCUCGCCCGCGCCCACAAGGGAAAAGUGUUGGUGGUGGGAGGGUCUCUGUAGCCUGCAGGGACAGCUCACCCUGACAUUUUUGCUCCCCAGCCUGAUCUGCACCGGUCUGGCUGUUCUGCUGCUUCGCUGGUGGCUGCCGUUGCUCCAGGGGGAUGAGGUGUCUCAUGCUGAUGGCCCUGUGACGCCGUGUGAGUGGGGGCACUGGCACAGGGCUGCAGGAGGACAGGGCUGCUGCGCUGAGUCGUCGUGGCAGCUGAAACUGUCUGACCUGCAGCCAAAGCAGUUCCAGGGUUUAAGGCUGAGUCUUCUGUUGAUUUUCAGAAGGAAUGUUCACUGCCUCCAGCUCUAACAUUUAUGUUCUCCAAAACCUCAUCCCACCUGGCACCUGAAGUGAGUGUAAUGGAUUCCAACUAACAUGUGCAGUUCUAUUAACUGAGUACUUGGGAACAAAACACAGGUAAAAUGUGCAGACAGCAUAGGCUGAUAGAGCAGCAAACAAAGAAAAUAUGCCAGACCAUAGAGAUUUCAGGCAGCAAGAGUGAAGAGGUUCCAGCCUGAAAAGGAUCUGAAUCAUUGGACAGGCAGUGCUGAAGCAUGUCAGAACAUAUGUGUUAAACAGUGAUGUCAGGAAGGAAUUUCUCUUCUGUAAAACCUGGUGGUAAGAGUAAUAUGGGAUAUUGUGACCAGUUUUGAUUUCUGCCUUUUAAAAGCUGGCCACAAAGCUAAUUAAAAAUGGACGGAGGGUGCAGCA